GGAGAUGAUGCAUACUCAUGAAAGUAUCAAUAGCAUCUUGGCUCGGGGAACGCUCCACUGUCCCAAGCUCCUGGCGAUGAGACGAAGCUGGCCCCAGCUCUGCAGUCGUACCACAGGCCAGACACUGGAUUCUCAUCUUGUUUGUCCCCAUCCUCAUGCCAGCCAGAACAAUCAUCAUAAACAAAUCUUACGGACUCUGUAGUUCAUAAUGCUUCUGUCGCGAUGGAAACGCAAGCCAGAAAUCACCGACUCGCAUCACCAUCGCGACCAGCACAGGAAAAAGCGGCAUACCUCGUUGCCACCCCACACUCGUUAUUAUGUUUUCUUCUUCUUCAGGGUCACGAGGCGGCACAACAACAAGCCAUAGCUUGUGGCCUCUCUUCUUGUUAUUGUUACCAGCCACUGGAGUCUCUGCCCAAUUACUCAACAAUGCUCUACCCCUCGUCACCCAAGUCCAAGUCUCGGCAGACCUCGAUCUCACCGUCACCCUCACACAGACCAGUUUGAUCACUUUACCCCAACUCACAAUCCUCUAUCCCUAUACCGUGACUGUCCCGCCACUGGACUACGACGGCACUCAGACUUUGUUUGCCACUGUUCCAGGCAUUCCGACGACGUUGUCUGGGACGAGGGCGGGGACUUUGCUUCCGCUUACUUUGGCUACUCCUACUGCUGUGACUCCUCUACUUCCGGAUCUUCCUUUGACGAAUCUCCUACCGGGAGUUUCGAGUGUGUUGGGUCAGUUGCCUACGCUGUCGGUUGGGAAUCCGUCGACGGUCCUUGAUCCUUUGACGAAUGUUGUCCCCGGAGUUUCGAGUGCGCUGGGUCAGCUUCCUACGCCGUCGGUUGGGAAUCCGUUGACGAACAUUGUCCCUGGCCUUUCGAGUGUGCUGGGUCAGCUACCUACUUUUACUCUUGGUAACCCAUUGACCAAUAUUGUCCCUGGCCUUUCAAGCGUUGUGGGUCAGCUGCCGACCCCGAGUCCACUUCCAUCUCUUGGAAACCCCUUGACGAACAUCGUCCCUGGCCUUUCAAGUGUUCUUGGUCAACUGCCUACUCCAUCUCUUGGCAACCCAUUGACGAAUCUUGAUCCCUUGACCAACAUUGUCCCUGGCCUUUCAAGUGUACUGGGUCAGCUACCUACUCCAUCUCUUGGCAACCCGCUUACCAAUAUUGUCCCUGGCCUCUCGAGUGUGCUGGGCCAGUUGCCUACUCCAUCUCUUGGCAACCCGCUUACCAAUAUUGUCCCUGGCCUCUCAAGUGUGCUAGGUCAACUGCCAACACCAAGUCCACUUCCAUCUCUCGGCAACCCAUUGACCCAGCUGGUUCCUAAUCUCUCAUCGGCUCUCAACGGUAUUCUUCCCACCAACGAUGUACUUUCAUCUCUGUUAGCAGGAAUCACCGCUGGACCCAAGCCGACAACACCAAUCUCGAUUCCCGACGCCUUGUCCAGCAUCUUGUCCGAUCUCCCAUGCAACGUCAACGGCCUCGUAGGAGAGCUCACAGGAAACAAUGCAGUGGUUUCCGCUAUCCUCGCUGGACCUAGCCAAGACAUCUGCUAUCUCCUCACGGCCUUGGCGAGCGCACUUGCAUUGCCCACCCAGCCGCCAGUAUUGUCUCUUCCUGGACUGCCUCUGAGCUCGAUCUUGAACGAUCUCUCGCUACCUUUGCCAACACCAAGCUUACCGGCUCUGCCCCUUUCUAGCAUCCUGGGUGGAAUCCUUCCGGGACUGUCUUCUGGUUUGAAUGGAUUGAUCCCAACGGCUGCGCCUGUGCUUACGGCACCCAUCAACAUUCCCUCUUCGCUUUCGUCUAUACUGGCUGGCCUUCCAUGUGAUGCCAAUGCACUGCUCGGCCAAGUCGGAGCGAACCCGCAGGUCUCCUCAAUUCUUGCGGGAGCUACCUCGGAUAUUUGCUCUCUCUUGUCGAGCCUGCCUACUGCGCUGCCUUCGCUUACUCUGCCCUCGCUCGCUCUGCCCACCCUCCCUCUCUCUUCCAUCCUGGGCGGGGUAGGCAAUGACUUGAGUUCCAUCCUAGGCGGAGUGAUCCCCACGGCUGCGCCUGUGCUUACCGCGCCAAUCAACAUUCCCUCUUCACUUUCGUCCAUUUUGAAUGAACUCCCGUGCAAUGCCAAUGCACUCCUUGGCCAAGUCGGAGCCAACCCGCAGGUCUCGUCUAUCCUUGCUGGAGCCACCUCGGACAUCUGUUCUCUCCUGUCGGCCUUGCCAACUGCACUGCCUUCGCUCGCACUGCCUUCCCUCUCUCUGCCCGGACUCCCUCUCUCUUCCAUUCUGGGCGGGGUGGGCAAUGACUUGAGUUCCAUAUUGGGCGGAUUGAUCCCCACGGCCGCUCCAGUCCUUACCGCACCAAUCGCUAUCCCAUCCGCGCUAUCCUCAGCAUUAGGUCAACUCCCUUGCGACAUCAACUCUCUCCUGUCUGGCUUUCUCGGGGACGCAGGACUAUUAAUCGAUAUUCUCAACGGUCCCACCGGAAACAUCUGUUCCUUGUUAUCAGCUCUUCCCACCAACGUCCCGUCGUCUCUGGCCUUGAGCAUCCCCAGUCUCUCGUUGCCCGGCCUGACUGGAAUUCUGACGUUGCCGACCCCGACGAACAGUAUUCCGGGAAUUUCUUUGCCAUUGCCUACAGCAGUGUCUAUUCCAAGUCUGUCUUUGCCGCCCAUCUCGGCUCCCUCGUUGCCACUCUCUGGAUCUGGCUUUCCCACGGGCCUUCCGAGCAUUUCGUUACCUGUGAUUUCGGGACUUCCGAUUAGUGUUCCUUCGAUAUCGAAUCCGCUUUCGAUUCCUUCGCUAUCGUUGAGUUUGCCAACGGGCGUCUCACUGCCGGCUGUCAGUCCUUCGAUUCCAUCGUUGUCGAUUCCGUCGCUGUCGAUUCCGUCGUUGUCGAUUCCUUCAUUGUCGAUUCCCUCCUUGUCGAUCCCUACGAUUUCAGGACUGCCAACAAGUGUUUCACUGCCGCCAGUCAGCUUGUCGAUUCCUUCUUUGUCGAUCCCCAGCAUCAGCAUUCCUUCGCUAUCGAACCCGCUUUCGGUACCUUCGUUGCCAAGCGUGUCACUGCCGCCCCUCAGCUUGUCGAUCCCAUCUUUGUCGAUCCCCAGCCUUUCGCUCCCCAGAUCAUCCAGCAGAGCAUCUUCUUCCAGAACAGGAAGCGCUUCCUCCUCCUCCUCCUCCUCCUCCUCCUCCUCCUCCUCCUCCUCCUCAUCCACCACAACAAUCCCCCGCCUGACUCUCCCCACCCUCGCCACCCGCCCCGUCAUCAACUGUCCCCUCGACCAAGGCCUCUCAUACGUCUCUCCCUCCGGCCAAGCCUUCUCCAUCCAAUGCGGCACCGACUACCCCAGCUCCUCCGACCUCGCCACCUCCCUCCAACCCAAUCUCCAAUCCUGCAUCAACUCCUGCAGUUCUGUCCCCGGUUGCGCCGGAACGUCAUAUACCUCUCUCUCGCAAAUUUGUACCUACAAAACCUCCUCGUCCUUCUCCGUCGCGGGUGUGACGAGUGUAGGAGGAGGACAGGUGGAUUCUGCUUCGCCCGUGGAUUUGUCUUGUCCGAGGGCGAAUGGAGGACAGUAUGUGGAUUUCUCGGGGGCGAGUUACAAUGUGUUGUGUAAUGUCACGUUUCCGUUUAGUGUGAAUAUUACCGGGUCGGCGGGGAUUUCUACGAGGGGGGAGAUGGAGAUGAUGGAGGAGAAUGAUUCAUUUGAGAUGAAGAAGUUGGAUGCACGAGAUGUUAAUGCUGCGGCGUUUACUGUGCCUUCGACGAUUGUGUGCAGCAAUCAGUGCUCGAAUAUGACGAAUUGCAUUGCUGCUACGGCAGAAAAGGGGCAAUGUGUGUUCAUUUCGGAUCUGGGAACUGUGGCGGAGGGAUCGAGUAUUGCGGAUACGGUGGUCAUGGCUGGCAAGAGGAUUGUUGAACCGGAUGGAUCUACUUCUACUUCUUUGGCGGCUACUGCGAGACCGACUGUGGUGAGCUCGAGAUCGGCUUCCGCUUAUGUCUACCCGACAACGACGACCACGACCACGACGCCUGCUGUUUCUGCGGCUCCAUCAUCAUCAUCUACCUCGACAUAUUCUGAUUGUGGUCUGCUUGGACUCAAUUGUGGCCCUUCAUCCCAAUCUAGCUUGACGACGCAGAGAUGUGUCUUGGGUCUCAAUGUCCUCGGCGGUUUGCUCUGUGAAGGCCCCACUCCCAGUGCGGGCACUGGCAGUCCGAUUUUGGCGACUCUGAGCACCGUCACCACACCGACGACGAGCAACAGCAAGAUUACAGUCGUUUUGCCAGUCACGACCGUGUACACGACUUCUACGGUUUCGUACUGUAGUGUGGGGUCGAACAACUUCACUUCGUGUAGCUCUGUGCCCAAGCCUACUCUCUCGUCGACUACGAUCAGCUCGCCCACUGUGGCCCCGGCGGCUACUCCAACAAAGAAUUGUGGAUUGCUGGGACUGAAUUGCGCUCUGUGAUGAGCCGGAGAGGAUCGAUAGGGCGAUGGGUGCACAUGAAAGACUGUACAGUUAGGGUCUGCAGAUAUCGGCGCGGGUUUGGAGUGAGUGGCAUGUUGUUCGAGCAUGGACUUUGGGUUGUUGGGUCGAGAGAGACUCCGGAUGGGGGCGUUUUGCGUUCCACGUGGACGAUGGAAGAGUCGUAUCAUGUUCCAAUUUUCGUAAUCAGCGCUUUAGUAAUGCCCUCAAAGAGAGGCUGUAGAGAGCAAGCAGUAUACUUGUCGACAAGCAAGCCUUCCGUAUUUUCCGCAUCUUCCCCUUCUCUCCCUGUCUGCAUCUGGCGACCUUUGAUGACAGUGCCUUCUGGAUAGCUCGGCCGCUUGCCUUCUUCAAUCAGGCGAAUGAACAUGGGAUCAAUGGGCAGACUCCCCAAGAAAUCGACGGCAAACUCUUGGGACAUGGCUUGUCCACCACCCUUGGAGAACACAUUCGUACACUCGGAGCAAUUCGGACACACAAAACCAGCCAUAUUCUCCACCACACCCAGAAUCUUCACAUUGACUUUCCGGCAAAAGUUGAUUUCCUUCUUCACAUCACUGACACUGAUGGCUUGCGGGGUCGUCACGAUGACUGCUCCCGCUAACUGUUCCGGCGUCGCAGACUUGAGCAGAGUUUCCACGAGCGAAAUGUGCUCGUCGCUGGUUCCCGGCGGGGUGUCGAUGAGGAGGUAGUCCAAGGUGCCCCAUUGGACAUCCGACAAGAAUUGGCGAAUCAUGGCGGUUUUUUUGGGUCCGCGCCACACCACUGCGUCGCUCCGGUUGGCGAGGAGGAAACCGAGGGACAUGGCGCUGAGUCUGCCCAGGGCUUGUGGUGGUCGUUGUUCUUGUCCAUUCUUCUCCUCGUGCUCACUCGUCUGCUGCUCGCUAUUUCUUGCUUCGUGCACGGGCACGGGCAGCCAUCCGCCAGGCGCCUGUGUGACUUUGGAGGCUUCAAUUCCGAGGAAUCGCGGAAUCGAAGGGCCGGUGAGAUCGACGUCUAGAAGGCCGACGGAGUGGCCUUGCAGGGAUAGAGAGAGGGCGAGUUGGGUGGUGACGCUGGACUUGCCGACGCCGCCUUUGCCGGAGAGGACGAGGACGAUGUGCUUGAUCCCAGCUAGCGAGGGCGACGACGACGACGAAGAAGAAGAAGACAUGUAUGGCGUGGCUUGCG